AUGUACUCAGAGACUCUACUCAACAUGUACUCAGAGACUCUACUCAACAUGUACUCAGAGACUCUACUCAACAUGUACUCAGAGACUCUACUCAACAUGUACUCAGAGACUCUACUCAACAUGAACUACAGCAAUGAAACCAUUGCAGAGGAGAUUGAGAUCCCCUCAGUAUUCACCAGCUACUACGCCUCCCAAAUUCUCAGGACCUUCAUCAUUCCUGAACAAGGGGCCUAUGUGAUCCUCAAGCCGGAAUUUGCCUUCCCACUCUCGUACUAUCUCAUCCCCUUCACCGGAGUGGUGGGCAUGAUCAUCCUUGUGAUGGUUGUCUUCCUGAUUGUGCGUUGUGUGCAGUACAGGAAAAGGAUGAGGAAAAAUAGGCUGACCAAGUUCACUAAAGGUGAUGAAUAUGAUGUUUGUGCUAUUUGUCUGGAUGAAGAGGGAGACAAACUGCGAGUUUUGCCUUGCUCACACGCGUACCACAGCAAGUGUGUGGAUCCCUGGCUUACAGGGACUAAGAAAACUUGCCCUGUGUGCAAACAACGUGUAACCCGGCCCAAUCCGGAGUACUCUGAGUCCGAGUCUGAGGAUGAGAGGGCAAGUGGUCGAGACGAAGAGGGGGGGAGGGCGAAGCUGACACCGAGCGCACCCCUCUGCUCCGCCCAUCCAACCCAGGCUUCCCCUCUGGCAAUCCAGGGGCCUAUUCUGCCACUGUCACUACAGUAA